CCGGCGGGCGGGCGACUUGGCCGCUCUUGGGAGGCGGUGUCCGCAGGCCCAGGCUCUCCGGCGGCGGAGGACGGGGGCUGCAUCCUCCCCUCGUGUGGGUGACCGCCCUUGUCCUCUCCCUCAGGUCGGGCAGCCCGCCUCCCGAAGCUUCUGGAGGAAAGGCCCCGGGUGUCCCCUGGCAUGCCCCAUCUCGCGGCAGGGUGCGCGGCCGCCGACCCUCGGGAGAAGUUGGGCGGUCCCGGGCGGUCCCGGGGACGAGUGGCCGCGUUUGUGCAGCGGUUGUAAGCAAGAUGCGGUAGCACGUGACCUUGGAACGCAGACCCUGAUGCCGGUUCCCCGCCACCCGUGUGCGCUUUUCUCUGACCCUUGGCCCCCAGCAGAUGCAUCACAGGAUGAAUGAAAUGAACCUGAGUCCUGUGGGGAUGGAGCAGCUGACUUCAUCCUCCGUGAGCAAUGCCUUGCCAGUCUCAGGGGGUCACCUGGGCUUGGCUGCCUCACCCACUCACAAUGCCAUCCCUGCUCCAGGCUUGCCAGUGGCGAUUCCAAACCUGGGUCCCUCCCUGAGCUCUCUACCUUCUGCUUUGUCUCUGAUGCUCCCAAUGGGUAUUGGGGAUCGAGGGGUGAUGUGUGGGUUACCUGAAAGAAACUACACCCUACCUCCACCACCUUACCCCCACCUUGAGAGCAGUUACUUCAGGACCAUUCUACCUGGCAUUUUGUCUUAUUUAGCUGACAGGCCACCUCCUCAGUAUAUUCACCCUAACUCCAUAAAUGUUGAUGGUAAUACAGCAUUAUCUAUCGCCAAUAACCCUUCAGCGCUAGAUCCCUAUCAGUCCAAUGGAAAUGUUGGAUUAGAACCAGGCAUUGUUUCCAUAGACUCUCGCUCUGUGAACACACAUGGUGCCCAGAGUCUUCAUCCCACGGAUGGUCAUGAGGUGGCCUUGGACACAACAAUCACCAUGGAGAACGUCUCUAGGGUCACCAGCCCAAUCUCUACGGAUGGAAUGGCAGAAGAGCUGGCGAUGGAUGGUGUUGCAGGCGAGCACACCCAGAUCCCAAAUGGCUCCAGAAGUCACGAACCUCUGUCUGUGGACUCUGUGAGCAGCAACCUUGCAGCGGAGACUGUGGGCCAUGGUGGUGUGAUGCCCAUGCAUGGGAACGGCCUGGAGCUCCCUGUGGUCAUGGAGACAGACCACAUUGCAAGCCGGGUCAGCGGGAUGUCUGACAGUGCCCUCAGUGACUCCAUCCACACCGUGGCCAUGAGCACCAACUCUGUAAGCGUGGCACUCUCUACCUCACACAACCUCGCCUCCCUAGAGUCCGUUUCCCUCCAUGAAGUUGGCCUCAGCCUAGAACCUGUGGCUGUCUCCUCCAUCACCCAGGAGGUUGCCAUGGGGACGGGUCAUGUAGAUGUGUCUUCAGACAGUCUUUCUUUUGUACCACCUUCACUGCAAAUGGAAGACUCCAAUUCAAACAAGGAAAAUAUGGCAACCUUGUUUACAAUUUGGUGCACUCUCUGUGACCGAGCCUAUCCCUCAGACUGCCCUGAUCACGGACCGGUGACUUUUGUUCCUGACAGUCCAAUAGAGAGCAGAGCCAGGCUUUCUCUCCCAAAGCAGCUUGUUCUCCGCCAGUCAAUGGUGGGAGCAGAUGUUGGUGUGUGGACUGGAGAAACCAUCCCUGUUCGGACUUGCUUUGGGCCUCUCAUUGGCCAGCAAAGUCACUCCAUGGAAGUAGCAGAAUGGACAGACAAGGCGGUUAAUCAUAUCUGGAAGAUAUACCACAAUGGUGUCCUAGAAUUCUGCAUCAUUACAACUGAUGAAAAUGAAUGUAAUUGGAUGAUGUUUGUGCGCAAAGCCAGGAAUCGGGAAGAACAGAAUUUGGUGGCUUAUCCCCAUGAUGGAAAAAUCUACUUCUGCACCUCCCAAGAUAUCCCUCCUGAAAAUGAACUGCUUUUUUAUUACAGCCGGGAUUAUGCUCAGCAGAUUGGUGUUCCUGAACACCCAGAUGUGCACCUCUGUAACUGUGGCAAGGAGUGCAGUUCCUAUACUGAGUUCAAAGCCCACCUGAGCAGCCACAUCCAUAACCACCUUCCUAGCCACGGCCACAGCAACAGCCAUGGGCCGAGCCAUAGCAAAGAGAGGAAGUGGAAGUGCUCCAUGUGCCCCCAGGCUUUUAUCUCUCCUUCCAAACUUCACGUCCACUUUAUGGGUCACAUGGGUAUGAAGCCCCACAAGUGCGAUUUCUGUAGCAAGGCUUUCAGUGAUCCCAGCAACCUGCGGACCCACCUCAAGAUACACACAGGUCAAAAGAACUACAGGUGUACUUUGUGUGACAAGUCUUUCACCCAGAAGGCUCACCUGGAAUCCCACAUGGUCAUCCACACGGGGGAGAAGAACCUCAAGUGUGACUACUGUGACAAGUUGUUCAUGCGGAGGCAGGACCUCAAGCAGCACGUGCUCAUCCACACACAAGAACGCCAGAUCAAAUGUCCCAAGUGUGACAAGCUGUUCUUGAGGACAAAUCACUUAAAGAAACAUCUCAAUUCACAUGAAGGAAAACGAGAUUAUGUCUGUGAAAAAUGUACAAAGGCUUAUCUUACCAAAUAUCAUCUCACCCGACACCUAAAAACCUGCAAAGGGCCCACCUCCAGUUCAUUAGCACAGGAGGAGGAGGAGGAAGACGACUCAGAGGAGGAAGAGCUGGCGGACUCGGUGGGGACAGAGGACUGUCGCAUAGGCAGUGCUGUGUAUUCAGCAGAUGACUCUCUCUCUGCACAUAAAUAGAAGAGAAAGAAGCUGACUUCUGGAUAGAAAAUGCAAAAGGGAAAAACACAUAACCAGUUAUUCACUACAAUGGUUUUUAUAUAAAAUAGUUUGAUUCCUUCCAGCCAACAGUCAAAACAGACUAAAUGGGAAUGGAUAAAGCACUUAUAGAAGAGUAUCCUAAUGAAAACACUUUUAUAAAGAUUGAGAAAAGAGCACGUGUCCUCUUUUUAAGUGGUGUAUGGGGAGGCAAGUGUCAGCUUUUGAGAUCUAUUCUUUAUUUACAUGAUAAUCUGGGUGAUAACAUUUAUACCUGAGUCAGAGCUGCCCUCUGCCCAUCAAAUGAGAUUUAUUUUAAAUUCUUUGAUUAUUUCGUUUUUCUCCCAACCCAUUGAUUUGGUAGCAACCGUUGACUUGGUCCCUGUGUCCCAGUCAUCCUGAUUGUGGUUCUGGUGUUACAUUUUAUGCAGACUUGUGACUUAAACUCAUCCCAGAGUGGAUUGGAACGUAACAGGGUAAGCUUGUUACUCUGACCACGGCUCACAUAUUUAAAGCACCACCUGCCUUCAUCUCUCCUGGCUGCUGGGGAGUCGAGGGUGGAUCUUGCUUCUCAGAAUCUCACAGGCUCCUAGAGGGCAGGUGAGAAAGGAGCAGUCAGGCAGCAUGCCCUGGUGGAGAGAAAAAAAGGAGAGGCGCCUGGGCCACUGUCCAGAGGGCUUCUCUCCUGUGCUCUGAUGGAAGCUGGGCUGAGAGAUCUGAUUGUUCUGAGAGAUCUUUGAAGGUUUCGACACAUCUCUGUCUCCAGUGAAGCCUCUAGCACCCGGACAGAGAGUAUCUGGAGGUGUAACAAGCCAAGUAAUGCCUGCUAUGUUGUCUCCGGAUAGCAAGGGCAUGUGGACCAACUGACAAGGAGGUACCUCGGCCCGUGAAAGGGAGGAGGGAGUGAUCCUUUCUAUCUGGACACUCUCUGGAAAGGGUCAAGACACCAUCAAAAUGUUGCCAAGUCAGAAGACCCGUUGGUGCAUUUGCAAGGUUAGGCGCUCCCAGCUGUCUGUGAUGAAAGACCUCAUCAGUUAAACACGGUGGAUUCCAGAGGAUUUGGAAAGUGCAGAAGGUCGAAUGGUCACCUUGUGUAUGUAUUUUCAGGGUUCCAGCUUAAUUCACCUACCCAUCUAUCUGUCACCUGGUCUUUCUCAUGUAUAGCCUGCUUUCACCAAGAAGCGAACACAUCCUGAAGUCAACGGUUGAUGGAACAUGCUCUCCUGCUCUAAGGCGCAACCUCUGGGCUGGAGUGGAGAGGACUCUGGUGGGAAGGUUUUGCUGCUAAUAUAUUUAUGGAAUGAAUGUAUUUCAUUCAAAUCUGUAUUCCUCUAGGAAGGAUUAAAAUAAAAACUUUUUAAAAAAUGCGA